AUGGCAGUGGUAGACUCGGAGUACCUCGCGGAGUACUGUUUUAUUCAUAUAGAUGUUGGGGCAUAUGGAAGAGAAGGGGAUUCAACUGUAUUUAAAGAAUGCCCUUUUGGUAAAAAGUUAUACACAGAACAACUUGGCCUACCAGCUCCAAAGCCUCUGCCUAAUACACAGGACAAACCUCAGCCAUUUGUUGUUAUUGGCGAUGAAGCAUUCGGCCUUCAUAAGAAUCUUUUAAGACCUUUUCCUGGGCGUGGACUUGAUCAAAGGAAAAGAAUUUUUAAUUAUAGAUUAUCAAGGGCUAGAAGAUAUGUAGAAUGUGCAUUUGGCAUAUUGGCGAAUAAGUGGAGAGUUCUACAUACACCAAUACAAGUUGGCCCAGAUUUUACUGACAAAAUUGUGAAAGCUUGUUGCGUCCUCCACAACUAUGUUAGAAGCCGAGAUGGGUUUAAUUUUGAACAUACACUGAGCAAUACAUUGGAGGAAAUAGAGUUUAAUAGAAGGGGAACUGGUGCACGUACUCAAGGAAUUGAUGUCCGCGAUGAUUUUGCAGAUUAUUUUAUGGAGGCUGGAUCGGUACCAUUCCAGUAUCCAAUUGUUCAAUGA